UUGUUCUUCCCGGACUAUAUGUUUUGUGACUUUGUAAGUCUUACACGUGAUACCUGUGUUAAAGACUUCACACACUUUUUUGACAACCUAAAAGUUACAGAUGCAAUUAGUCAAACCCUUGAAGAGGGAACAAGAGGUCAAAGUGUCAAUACUAAUUGGAUAAAGGCUCGAAAAAACUUAAUAACAGCAUCUGUUAUGGGAGAAGUUUAUAAAAGAAAAAAGCUUGUGCCAGACAAUUUGUUGAAAAAAAUUUGUGGAUAUGUGACUGUUCCAGAUAGGGUCAAGAGCAUAAAGUAUGGACGCAAAUAUGAAUCGGUUGCUGUAAGUCAGUACAUUCAGAAACAUACAAAGGAAUGUGGAAAUACUACAGUCGAGUCUCGUGGACUAUUAGUCAACCCCAAAUAUCCCUUUUUAGGGGCUAGCAUUGAUUCACUGGUCACUUGCAACAAAUGUGGUGUUGGCUUAGUUGAAGUAAAAUGUCCGUAUGGCUCAGACAGUAAAAAGGAACCAUGGAGGAAUAAAACUCCAAUUGAGUGUGCCAAAGAUACCAACUUCUGUUGCAAUGAAGUAGAUGGACAGCUUGAAUUAAAAGACACAAGUAAUUAUAUGUAUCAGGUUCAGGGUCAGUUAGGAGUGUAUGAACUGAACUGGGUAGAUUUUGUAAUUUGGACUAAAAAAGGUAUCAGUGUAGAGAGAAUUAACUUUGAUGAAUCUACAUGGAAUUCUAUGUUGCAAAAGCUCAAAGAAUUUUAUAUUGGUUGUGUUAUACCAGAAAUAUUUACAAGGAGAGUAGAACGGGGGAAACCACUGUAUUAGAAUUUAACUUGUUAACUACCAUUUUGACUAUCAGAAACCUACUUUAAUAUACAUGUAUAUCCAAAAUAGCUGAUAUAAAUAUAAACAGCAAUAAAUGUUCCCUGCUCAUUUAAUUUUCAUAAAAUUUUUACAAAAUAUUAACUUUGACACUUUCAUGACUUUGACAAAAAUAUAAAAAUUUCAAAAAAACUUGAACCACACACUUUAUCAGAAAAAAAUCAUUGAAUAUAUAGCAGUUUGACAAAUAUUAAUUUUGAUCAUUGAGAAGCUUAUAAUUUUUAAUUCCUAGUUAUUAUUCACACAUUUGUCCUUUAGUCUUUUUAAUACUAUCAUGACUAUACGGUAGUUAUCAUGGUUAUAUCAUACCACAAACAAAUUUUUCUAUGACUAUUAUCUCUAAUUUUUUGGCACUUGUAUACAUGUAAAUGAAACAAACAUAAAAACAUCCAAAAACUUUGAUCAUGUUGAUGGCAAUAGUUUAUAGCAUAAAGCAUUAUGGAGUAAUUCUUUUAUUAAAGUAGAAAAGAUGUCAUUGAUGGAUGAGUUGGUGUUUUAUAUUACAUGUAAGUGGCAAAUAUUAUCUUUAUCUAUCAUGCCUAUGGCAUGUACAUGUAUGAUAUUUGCAAGUACUCGACAUGUCACAGUUUACUCAAAUAAUUUGUUUGUAAACAUGAAUUGUUAUUAUAUAUACAUUGUAUUAUUAGUAUGGGGCUAUGACAGAUGUAUAAGUUUUACCAAAAACAUUAUGGGACGAGCCAUUGUUUAAUGUAGUUUCAAUUUUGCUUUAUUUGAUCAAAGCACUUUCAUUUUCAUGUCGUCGAAAUGAUUAAUUUCUUAUUUUAAUAUAAGUAGCAUUUUCAAAUUUUGGAAAGGCUUCAGAGUUUCAGAAACUAUAUAAUAAUAACCUCUCACUACACAUUUCUUUUAUACUGGACCUAUAUAUAAGACUUUCCAUUGGUAUGUACCAGU